UGGAAACAACCCGGAAGUACAAAGCUGAACGUUUGUUUACAGUUGUGUGAUCGGGGUGGGUGUUUUGCUGAAUUAACAUAAGUCAAAUCCAUGGCCGGUAUCGAAGAGCUUCGACGUACGAUCUGAAUAACUGAACAGGUGUAUUUAAAUGGACAGCAGCAGUGGAGGAAGAAGGGGAAGAGGAGAAAGAGGGAAUAGAGGAAGUCGUGGUGGAGAGGACAGGGAUGUCCGCCUGUCUAAGUCCCUUUCCUAUGCUCUUCGCCAUGGAGCCAACCAGAUGGGUCUUGAAAUAGGUUCAGAUGGCUUCAUGUUUGUGGAGGAACUCUUGGCUCACCCGCAGUUCCGCGCAUACUCAUUGGAAGAUGUCGAAAGAAUCGUGGCCACAAAUGACAAGAAGCGCUUUAAGCUCAGCGCCCACCCAGAGAACGGCCGCCUGCGGAUUCGAGCCAGUCAGGGCCACUCAUUACCGGUAACGGAUUUGGAGCUGAAACCAGUCCUGGUUGGUUCUCCGGACUGCCCCGCUGAGGCCAUUCACGGCUCCUACCUCCGCAACUGGAGCUCCAUCCAGCAGCAGGGCCUGAGCCGCAUGAAGAGGACACACAUCCACCUGGCACCGGGCCUUCCAGGGGAGGAGGGCGUAAUCAGCGGAAUGAGGAAAGACUGUGAUCUAGCUGUGUAUAUUGAUGUUCUCAAAGCUCUUGCUGAUGGCGUUGAGUUCUUCUGGUCGGAUAACGGUGUGUUGCUGACUGCAGGUGACGCACAGGGAAAACUUCAGCCUAAAUACUUUAGCCGAGCCUUAAAACUGAGACCUACAAGGAGCAUCCUACCACUGCAGUAGCAUCAGAGGAGAGUUCCCUCAGUAACACAAUGGGAGAAUCCAUUCAGAAAUCAACCCGAAUUUGGAACUAAAUUAGUAAACCUUUAAAGUUCUGCUUCCAAAUAUUUAAAGUAUAGCAUUGCCAAAUAAACUAUGGCAGACAUUGACUAUGAUCAUAAUUUCACUUUGCUGUUGUAAAAUACGCAACAAGUUUGGACUUACAGCUAACAUAAACCAGCUGGGCCUUUAAAUGUCUUUUGGAGACAUUUUGGAUGUGGCGAUAGACUAAUUAUAGGAAAGCGGAGGAUACAGACACUGUGGUUUUAGUUAACGGAUGCUGUAGCUGUUUCUGAAAGAUAUGGACACACACACACAAGGACACACACACACAAGGACACAAUGUGAGGGUAGAUAAAUGGUUGGAAGCUUCCCGGGAAGGAACCAACAGAAAUUACCAACCGCAAGUUCAACGUCAGGAAAACAACAGAGAAUGAAAAGCAAAUUGCUGUAUUCGUUUAUUUUAAUAAAUGUUUCUUAUCUAUG